UUUGUUAUACACGCAAACAUAUGACCGUUGUUAGUAGCUUGUGUAAUGUUUUUGCCAUUUAAAGAACCAAAUCGUUUUUUUCUUUUCCUUUUGUUUGGUUAAAGUUCUAAAUUGGUCUUUAAUGUGCUUUGUGUGGAUGAAGAUAAAAGCUGUAAUGCGCGUUUGUUAACAAACCGAUUUAAGUAAAUCAAACAAAUAAUAAUUGCCAAAAAUACAUAUAGUUAUCAUUUUAUUUUAUUUUUUGUUAAUCAACCAACUAGUUUGUGUCUAAAAUCUCGAGAGGAUUUGUACUAAAAAAUUUAAUUCCAUUGAAGGGAUGUAAAAUGGAGCAACUUCGAGAGAUAGGAGAGGUAUUAGGAGGCAUAAGAGCCUUAAUGGUGUUCAAGGACAACAUUCAUAUCAACCAGCGUCAAUGCACUCUAUUACUCGACCUCUUCAUCGCCACAUACGACUCAGUUUCCGAAUCCAUGAGACUAAACCUACGUUUCGGAGAGAAGAACACGUCCAAAUGGAAGAUUCUAGAACAGCCCUUGAGGGAGCUUCUAUGUGUGGUACGAGAAGGGGAGGCUUACGUUAGGUUCUCUUUAGAGCCUAAACUAGGCUUUUGGGCUAAAGCUGUUUUCUUACAACACAACAUAGAUUGCAUGGAGCUUCACGUUCAUAACCUUCUCUCUUCUGUACCCAUCAUCAUCGAGGCUAUAGAGAUGGCAAGCGAGCUUUCAGGGUGGGACGAACAAGAGAUGAACAAGAAGAGGCUGGUGCAUUCGAACAAGUACAUGAAGCAAUGGAACGACUCUCAGAUGUUUACAUGGAAGUUCGGGAGAGAGUAUUUGGUGACCGAGGACUUGUGCAGCCGGUACGAGAGUGCUUGGAGAGAGGACAUGUGGCUUCUAACGCAAGAGCUUCAGGAAAAAAGGCGUCCGGGUUCAAGCAAACAAGACAGGAAGAUGGCAGAGUUCCUUUUGAAGAAUCUAGGAGAUGGUAACGAGCUGUUUCCAUCUUCUAUUCUGGUCAGCUCGAAAGAUUACCAAGUGAAGAAGAGAUUAGGUAAUGGGAGUCAGUACAAGGAGAUUACAUGGUUAGGUGAAAGCUUUGCGCUUAGGCAUUUCUUUGGAGACAUCGAUGCUCUGCUUCCUCAGGUCACUUCAUUGCUAUCUCUUUCACACCCAAACAUUGUGUAUUACCUUUGUGGAUUCGCUGAUGAGGAGAAGAAAGAGUGUUUCCUUGUUAUGGAACUAAUGAGUAAAAGCCUUGGGACGCACGUCAAAGAGGUGUGUGGUCCGAGGAGGAAGAACACACUCUCCCUCCCGGUCGCGGUUGAUCUGAUGCUUCAGGUAUCACGUGGUAUGGAAUAUCUUCACUCCAAGGGAGUGUACCACGGAGAGUUGAAUCCAUCUAACAUUCUUGUCAAACCAAGAAGAAGUAACCAAACCGGAGAUGGGCAUUAUCUACACGGCAAGAUUUGUGGCUUUGGUUUGACUUCUGUCAAGGGCUUCUCCUUUAAAAGUGCUUCUUCGAAUGAGAGUUUUCCAUUCAUAUGGUAUUCCCCUGAAGUGCUAGAGGAGCAGGAACAGGGCGGAAGCAGCCUUAAGUACACCGAGAAAUCUGAUGUGUACAGCUUUGGAAUGGUUUGCUUUGAGCUUUUAACAGGUAAAGUACCGUUUGAGGAUAGCCACCUUCAAGGAGAUAAAAUGAGUAGAAACAUUAGGGCUGGGGAGAGACCGCUUUUCCCGUUUCAUUCACCUAAAUUCAUAACAAACCUGACCAAAAGAUGCUGGCAUGCUGAUCCGAACCAGCGUCCAUCUUUCUCGUCCAUAAGCAGAGUUCUGCGGUACAUCAAACGGUUUUUAGCUUUGAACCCGGAAUGUCAACAAGACACGCUUGUCUCUCCUCCUGUGGAUUACUGUGAGAUAGAGACUAAGCUGUUGAAAAAGCUCUCAUGGGAAAAAACAACAGAGUUAGUUCAAGUUUCACAGGUUCCUUUUCAGAUGUUUGCAUAUAGGGUGGUGGAACAGGCAAAGACUUGUAAGAAAAACAAUCUCCGAGAGGCUUCAGAAUCGGGUAGUGAAUGGGCAUCGUGUAGUGAAGAUGAAGGUGGGGGUGGAUCAGACGAGCAGGUGUCAUCUGAGAAGGAAAGGAGGCUUUCAUGCUCAAAUGAGGUGGGUAUGAGGAAGAAGAAGCCUGUUUCAAAAAGAGCUUCUGGCCUGAAACCAAUUCAAAAACCAGGUUUGAGCAGUAGUCAAUAUAUAUAGAUAGAGAGGCUACACUCCAUACAUAUAUUUGAAAUUCGUUACAUAAUUUUUUUUUGUGUUUCAGGAACAAGUAGAGGACGAUCAAGGCAUCCCCCACUGAGCCCAUGUGGGCAAAGUAUGAGAACGCACUCUGAGAGUCAACUGAUAGUGAUGAGUCCAAAGAUACGGCGAUCAAGCUCCGGUCAUGUCUCUGACUCUGAGCUUUCCUAGUCUUCCUUGUGCACAACACACACAAGAAAAAACAUAUUCAUUAGCUUAUAUAGUUCAACAUCCUGUAUAAGAGCACUAAGACUUGUUGUGACACACACACAGUCCAGUAAAUAUAAAUGCUUUAAAACAACAAUCCUUUAUCUGAAGUUCCUACAAAUAGGUCAGUAACUUAUUGGAUACUAUCUCCAGGGAAGUGUCUGUCUGAUAUUCAAAAAUCAAACUCCUAAAACGUAUUUGACCACUUCAUAACGUCACAAAUGCAAUUUCGCAAU